UUGACCACCUCAGCCCCGGGCCUCCUCCCUCCUUCGCCACCUCAGCCUGCGGCCCGCUCCUCCCUUGUGCCUGCCCACUUCCUGCCCCGGCCAUCCCUCCCUUCCUCCCACACCAGGCUCAGGACCGAUGGAGGACAGAGGGCCUCGGGGAGGCGGAGAGAGGCCGGGCUAGGCCCGGGACGAGGCUUCCCCCUCCCCUCACGUCCCCAUCCCAGCCUCGGGGUGGGGAGCAGAUGGGAUUGGGGCGGGGGAGUCUCCCCAACCCGGUCCAACCAUCUCCUUCUCCCCCCCUGCCCUGCAGUGAUGCGGAGGAGGCGCUCGCCAUGAGGGAAGACAGCAACGCCGACUUCGCGGGCCGCUCCAGGAAAAGGAAGGCAGACGUGGCCGUGUUUUUGCAGGAUCCCGACGAAGAAAUCGCCAAAGUGGAGGUGACCAAGAAGAGACAGUUUGGGAAUCAGCCGUGGAACAACGGUGACACGAUCUACGGGAAUCCCUGCGUCUUGAUUCCCACACCCGACAAAGAGGAUGAGCCGGCAUCCCCAUCCUCCCCUUAUGGACCUCGGAGAUUUAAUCUGACCAGAACGUCGCCGUUACCGUUACUGGGCUGGGCAAACAGGGAUGAGGUUUGGAAAAUCAUGUUAAAUAAAGAGCAGACAUACCUGAGGGAUAAGCACUUCUUGCAGAGGCAUCCACUUCUGCAACCGCAAAUGCGAGCGAUUCUUCUGGACUGGCUAAUGGAGGUGUGUGAAGUCUAUAAGCUUCACCGGGAAACGUUUUACUUAGCACAGGAUUUCUUUGAUCGAUUUAUGGCAACCCAACAAAAUAUAGUAAAGACGCUAUUGCAGCUUAUUGGGAUUUCAUCUUUAUUUAUAGCGGCCAAACUUGAGGAAAUCUACCCACCUAAGUUGCACCAGUUUGCGUAUGUAACGGACGGGGCUUGUACAGAAGAUGAGAUUCUUAGUAUGGAGUUAAUCAUAAUGAAAGCCCUCAAGUGGAAUUUAAGCCCGCUGACGAUUGUGUCCUGGUUAAACAUAUACAUGCAAGUUGCGUACCUAAAUGAUUUUUAUGAAGUGCUCCUUCCCCAGUACCCCCAGCAAAUCUUCAUCCAGAUCACAGAGCUCUUGGAUCUCUGCGUGCUGGAUAUCGGCUGCUUAGAAUUUCCUUACGGCGUGCUUGCCGCCUCGGCCCUGUACCACUUCUCUUCCUCGGAGCUGAUGCAGAAAGUCUCAGGCUACGAAUGGCGUGACAUCGAGGAGUGUGUGAAGUGGAUGGUUCCGUUCGCCGUGGCCAUAAGGGAAGUGGGGAGUUCGAAACUGAAACACUUCAAGGGCAUUCCUACUGAAGACCUGCACAACAUACAGACACACAUGAACAGCUUGGCUUUGCUGGACAAAGCUCAGGCAAAGCAAGCCAUAUUGGCUGAACACAAUAGGACUUCUCCUCUCCCCACCGGUGUCCUGACGCCCCCGCAGAGCAGCAAGAAACAGACCACUGAGUGGAAGGCAGUGUGACUGCCAACGUUUCCCAUCAAAGACAGUUUUGCCCAAGUGCCUGUUCCGAGUUCUGCUCCGUCGAGUGCUGCCCGGGGAGUUUCUUAGCUUUUAUGGAAUAUUUUUUUUAUUAAUGCAAACAUGCCCCCUUCCCUGGGAGGGGGUUGUCUUGACAGAAGAAACUCCUGUUUUUCUGGGGGUCGGGGGGAGGGUGGGGGAAGGUGGUUUUUUUUUUAUUAUUAUUAUUGAACUAUUUUAAAAUAAAUGGGUCAAGUUCACCAGCCACCUAAAGAACACUGCUGAGUGGUCCAAAUGCUGCUAAGGAAGGUGAUACUUGACUCCACCAAGUCAUUACACACAAACACGCUUGAAGUUAAGAAGCGGCAUCCCUGCUUCGCGGGGGUCGCUUCCAAUCGAAUGGAUCAAUAAAUGGCUGAGAGCAUUAUAAUGCAGAGGGUGAGUCAACUGUGGAAUGUAGCACAUUUUUAAAGCUUUCUUCCCACCACCCCCCCAUUAUUGACACCUUUUCGAAACCCUCUUAUGUAAAUGCUGCUAUGUCUCUCUAUAUCAAUUCUUAAUAAAGAUGCUGUCUUCAAGACAGUUAGUUUUAUGGAA